UACCGACACGUCACUCAAUAUGUAUUGUUCAUCGCUGACUGUCGCUGUCUGAUGUCAGGUCCCAGAUUUGGGGAUUUAGUACUUUUUACGCGAUUUUUCAAUUUGAUACGAUUACCAGAGAUGGCUCCUACAUUUUCGAUUGGCCUGGAAUAAAUUAAUUGGGAAUUUGAAGGCUUUUACUAUAAAUAAUCCAGCGAAAAAGCAACACUUAAUUUGUCUUCGGUCCCACAUAUUGCCAUUUAUGCACUAAAAAAGUCGACUGCACUGCCUCGUCAAUUUCGUUUGCCUGAAAGUUUAAUCAUGGUACGGGUACUAGCGAGUGGAGAUGUCGUUGCAGAUGAUGAUCCGAGAGCACAAGCAUCAAGAAACCAACAAUCUGGAUCAUCAAGACAAAUGGGAAGGAUCCGUCAUGACAAUGACAUGGGCAAUCAAGGUGGUUAUGGAGGAGGAGCCUAUGGAGGAGGAGGAGGAGCUCAGGGAGGUGGAGCAGGAGGAGUUUCCAUCUUCCAAGUCCUGAAUCAGAAACUGCUCGACGCUGGCAUCCCUCGUUGGACAUUGGGAACAACGGUGGUUGAACCUAUCGUGACUGUCGGCUUCAUCCUAGCCAUGCUGCUCCUUGGAGUGAAGGGACUCUUUCUUGGGGCCAUUCUCUUUGCAGCUGUCAAGUUCAGCGGAGGAAUGGAUGAAAGUGGUGCGGGUAAUAGCAAUACCGGAAGGAAUACCGGUGGAGGGGGUCGGGGCGGAGGGACAGGCGGUGGCAGGACAACAGGUGGAAGAGUGCUUGGUGGAAGAUGAUGACAGAAGCCUCACCAAGGCACUUUGUUGAUUAGAAGACAAUAUUCUCAGGAGUAUCAGGACUAGCGUUCUAGAUGAAGUGAUCAAGCUGUUCACUUUGAGAUGUCUAUAUUACAGAGUGAAAAAUCCAGUUUCAGAGGGGUUAUUUAAGCAUUUUCAGAUUUUUCUCAGUUUUCCUCCUACACAAUUGUGGAAGUCUCCCAAAGGACUUGUAAUGGUAGUGGUUAACUACAGCGUCUGGGGAAAAGAUUAAGCUGCUUCACACUCUUUGAUUACUGCUUAAAUCCCACUUUUGAUUGGGGGAAAACAAAGUGUAUGAAUGAAAAGUAAUUUCUUAUAGAUAUAAUCAUCUCACCAGUAUCUUGAAAUAUGUGAUGUAAAAUAGAUAAUUUUGAUUCCAAACAGACAGGAUUCGCUUUUGUCGUCAUGUUUCUAGAACAUGAGAAUGUGCCGGCAAAUCACAUUCGUGUUGCCAUGAGAACAUGUCUAAUACCACCACUGCAGUGUGUAUGGCAUACUUCGGUCUAUGGAGGGAGGGGAUGCGGCGAAUCCAGCCAAAGUCUUGGCUGACCAUAUCCUCACCGAAAUAGACUGAUUUUGCGGUCUAGGUUUGCACCUGCUGCACACAUGUCUUUUGUACGUGUGGUCUCAUCCCAAAUGGUCUAAUUGUACUGUUUCAAGUAACUUUCCAGUCUAACUUCCAUUUUUCCAUUUGUUGGUCUAAUUUCCAGGUUAGGCCGUACCCAUUUCAUUGAAUAUCCACUUUGUCUUACAGCACUUAAUCUACACGAAUGGUUAGAUGAAUUGUUUAUUAACCAAAUUUACAUCUGAAAGAGUAGAAAAAUUAUAAGUAGAUGGAGUGGAAAUUAGCCCAGCUGGGCUUACGGCCAUAUUAUAUUUUGAUGAAGCGGGUAUUGGACCAAGUGUAAUGUUGACCAAAUGGCGAUUAGACCAAAAAUAAUUGUAGACAAAAUGGGUUUCUAUCUAGAAAGUAGACCAACUAUUUGUACACUAAGCGAAUAAUACUGCUGAGGUUAGUUGGAUUCACUAUCCGAUAAGUAAUAGCUUAAAGAUGUUUGAAAACUUCUUGGAAAAAUAAACAGAUUUCUCUGUCCAGCUGGGAUGAUGAUUGAGCAAUUUGGUCAUUGAGCCAUUUCAAUGGGGAAUUUUCAAUAUUAGUGAAAUUAUGUGAUACCCAAAAAUAUUGAAUAUUCAUUAAUGGUUUUGUGAUUAUGUUGGUAUAAUCGCAGUAACACGAUAUGACAAAAAAAUUGUUGAUAAUGAAAAGUUUAUCACAAUUAAUUGUUAGAAAAUGCUGCUCUGUAUUGCUUUAAACCAACUGAGAACUUAGUAUGUCGGUACACAAAUGCCCACUUUUCAUGGACAAGCAUCAGUGAAAGCCUUACUUAAAGGCAUGGUCGCACCGCCCGAGCAUUGUUGGAGCGGUAGUGGAG